UAACGCUUGUCGUUUCGCACGGACUGCUCGGCACCGACGACGUGAACGUCCUGGCCAAUCUCGUCGACCACCUCCGAGACCCUAUUUCACAGUCGUCGUCCAUCAACACUGUUCGUAUUGGGGGACGCCUUCCCGGAAGUGUGAUGAGAGAUAUCGUGCUCUCGCUGCGGGCAACGCUCGACUCUCUCACUUUGUUCUGUGCGGACAGCGAGCGGGAAAUGGGGACUGUCUUUGAGCUUCUGCAAUCUUGCGCAUCACGGCUGAGGUCCCUUUGUCUUGUGGACGGUCAAUGCGAAGAAACCGACCAUCCUGCGAUCAAAUCACCAUUGGUUUUCUCUUGCCUCUUCAAACUGGAGCUCCGUUCCCAGGCUCAGUGGCCCAAUAGCAUUCUGCUGAAUCAUAUCGAGGCCCCUGCCCUCACGAAGCUGACUCUUGUUGAAUUUGACCGUUCGCUUGAUGAUAUCCGAGAUUUCGUCCGGCGUUCAAACGCACCCAUAACCUCACUGCGUGUCGUGCACGAUAGGGAUGAUGAGGAGUGGAAGUGGAACCGGAUUCUACCUCUGCUUCCACAACUGCAGGAACUCGACGUUAGCAAAGGCGACACAGUGGUGACGCGCCGGCUGAUCGACAUUCUCACUAAUGAAGCUGAUGUCGUUCCCGCCUUGCAUACCUAGAGCAUGUUUCAAAUGCAGACUGUUUUUAUGACCGUGAGUCAGUCUGUGGAUCUCAUCGACGCGAGGCAGGCGUCCCUUCGCUCAAUCAAAUUCGACUUUCCACUUGGAGCGACGGUUAACUGGGAGCUCGAAAGGGACGCGUUAGCUGCUUUGAAGAAAUUUAUCGAAAACGGGCUGCUGUCCUUGAGAUCAGACCAGUGGCUGGGCUGAAUGCAUUCCAUAUUCGUUGUCACGAAAAACUUUGUAAUGAAACUAGGACCUGCAUUUCGCGUGCACGUGAGCGUCAAUGUGAUUAGAAACCCCCUUUUCAGAAGCCAGAUACACGACACAACACCACCACCAGUGGUGUUGCUUCCCAUCCCAAGUUCCUUGUCCUAUUACCAUGCCUGCCCCCGUAGCGGUUUACGUUGUCGCUGCGAUUGGGACUGUGGCAGCUGCCAUCGCCUUCAAAGAGUACAUCUACGAGCCACACAUCGCACCCAAGGUCGAGCGAUGGGCUGAAGAGUUUCUCGAGAAGCGGCGUGCGAAGAAGGCGGCUGCUGCGGCCCGCGUUGCAGUCCCGGUCUUCGUGCGCAGCGAAACUGAGACGGACAGUCUCAUCAACGCGAGGGAUAACGACGGAAAGAGCAUGUACGAGCUCGAGAAUCGCUCUGACGAUGGGGUGCGGCAGUGGAGGAGUCAAGUGGGCUCUGCGCCCUCCGCAGGCUUGAGACAUAGGAAGCCGAAUGAGGCAUCCAGUCUUCCUUCUAGAGACCCUACUCUGAUGUACUCGCCCAUGUCGCCGUCCGCCACACACGUUCUAUUCGACCACAGUGAUGCGCUGACGAACGACUCCUCCCCCGCUUCGACCUCGACUCUGAGCAGCCGCGUUGCCAGCCCCUUACCCCACCGCACGCUAUCUCAGACCCCGCUCCGGGCCCCACCACCCCCCUUGAUGCCUUUAACGCCGGAACCGUCUGUCCGCGGACUACCCCGGGGUAGCUCACUCCUCCCAUCACCGGUGCAGACCCCGCAGCCUGUCUCUCCGCAGCACGUCGCCCCCUCUUUAUCUGACUCUGCGCACACCAGCGCACACUCGCCGUACCAGGUGCCCAGCCUCUCCCUUUCGCACCCACUCGAUCUCGACUCGGAGCAUGAUCUGGAGCUGCUGUCAGCCCCUGCGUCAUCGCGUCCUGCCUCUCCCUUUUCUGAAUUGUCCGUAUCAGGAGAGGACUCCCAGUACCACUCCUUCCACUCUUUCGGCGCGACGAUGACGUCGCCGCCAAACGAGACGGUGGACGACGAUCUGGAGCGAUGGAGCAGUGCAGGAAGUGAGGUGUCGGGUUCGAGCUGGGAUAGUGUCGACCGAACCCGAUGAUAUCUCGCAUUGCUUUCAAUCGUUAUGUAUCAGUCACUCUCAUCUCUCGUGUCAUAUACGCGCAACCGCCUUUCUUUCCUGUCCAUCAAGCCUGCCUACAUCCUGCCUCUGUACAUCUCCAACAAAUAUAAUGUAUAUAAUUCGUUCCUGAGCCACCUGAAAACUCUCCGCUCAAGAAAACGCUCAGGAUUUGGCAGCUCUGAAGCGAGCGAGGCCAUUCCAUAAAGAGGCGAGAUGCCUAUUCGAAGACGGGUUGUUUCUGCCCCAAUGGGUUGUAUGACCGGACUCGAGAAUAAACGACCACGAUUAACAGAUCCUCUCGGAUUCGGAUGCCUCCGAGAACUCGGCGUCGACAAGAUGAACCCCGGGCAUGAGUUUAGUAGUUGACGCGAGUGCAGUCGCUCGGGACCUUCCUUGAUACUCGAUACAAGUCCGGGGACGCGUCUUAUGAAGGGAGCCAUAACAUGGCACGGCAUAAAAACAUGCCUAGAAAACGUGUCCUCCGCCGAGACAGCUAGCCUUGAGCUCUGACAUUGAGAAUCAUGAUCGUGCGGUGCAAAGUCACUUCGAAGGACGGCG